UAUAAUAUGUUAAUUAUUGCACUAUGAUAUUUUAUUUAUCUCUAUAUUUUUUCGUAGUCGUGCGAAAAUUUGUGCUGCACUCGUGUAUCUUACUAUAGGUUCAGUGUAGCUGAAUGAUUGUGUUGAGCGGAUAUUUAACUUGCAAGAAGAAAGCGUACCUAAAGAAAAUAAAUCAUACAUUGGAAUAUAAGAUAAAUUUUUCUGUUUAUGUGUGAUUAUAAAUUUAUUGAGAUCUCAUGACUAAAAUAAUAACGUCGAUUAAUGAGUUUGGACCCGAUUCCGGUGGCAGAGUAAAGGGUGUCAUUAUCGUCAAGCCUAUAGUUUAUGGCAAUGUGGCACGUUACUUUGGCAAGGAACGAAAGGAAGACGGUCAUACGCAUCAAUGGACUGUGUAUGUCAAACCUUAUCAUAACGAGGACAUGUCCACUUACGUUAAGAAAGUACAUUUCAAGUUGCACGAGAGUUACAACAAUCCCAAUCGAAUAGUGACAAAACCACCAUACGAGUUGACAGAGACUGGCUGGGGAGAAUUCGACAUUGUCAUUAAAAUCUACUUUCAUGAUCCAAAUGAACGUCCUGUAACGAUAUAUCAUAUGUUGAAGCUUUACCAAUUAACACCAGAAGUACAAUUGGGCAAGGAAAGCUUGGUGUCUGAAUUUUAUGAGGAAAUAGUCUUUCAGGAUCCAACAGCACUGAUGCAACAUUUACUGAGUUCCAGCAGAGCUAUGACGCUUGGAGUUUGGCGACACAACACAGACUUUGAAACAAAGAAGGAGUCUACAAUGAAAGCCAUCAUGGAGGCGCGUAACAAGAUAAGACUCGAAGUGAUAGAUCUCAAGGAAAAAUUGACUUUAGCUAAAGAAACUAUUGCAAAGUUCAAAGCAGAGAUUACAAAGAUCUCUAAAGGAAACUCACUACGGAUAAACGAUAUGGUUAGGCGAUUACUUUUCGCGAGUUAAAUUGUAAGAAAGUAAUUGACAACUUGAACACAUCUGGCACUGGUAGUUGUAAACUUUGUCUUAUAAACGAUCUUUCACCAGCGUUUCGGGGAUUCACGUCUAUGAACCAACGCCGGUUUGGCACUAAUCGAGUGAAAUUAUGUAUUAUGUAUAUAUUAUUACUUAAUCAUGAAUAAUUUAAUCAAUUGAUAAAAAGUUAAUUAUUGAUCAGCGUAGAAUCAAUUAUAUAACAAUUUUAUUAGUAAUUAACCAACAUUAGUUGGACACUAAUUGAGUAAAAUUAUGUAUUAUGUAUGUCACAUGAUCAUAAAUAAUUUAGUCAACUGUGAUAAAAAAUUAUUAAUCAGUGUAUAAUUAAUCACAUAAAAGUUUGAUUAGUAAUUAUUUUUAUUAAUCGGUGAAUUAUUUUUUAUUUUAUAUAUAAUGAUUAAUUAAUUUUGAUGAUUGAUUUGCUAAUUAUUUUAAUGAAGAAAAAUUUUACUCGAUCAAUGCCCAACAUUGCUCAACAUUGACCGCAUCUCUCGUUUGCAACAAGCUCACGAUUCUUGAGCGCAUCGAUGAUAUAAUAGCGAUAGCACGCAUAUUUGUGCUUUUCGUAAAAGAUAACUAUCUUUCUAAUUAUAUAAGAACUGUUUAUAAACUUUCUCUUUAACUA